UAGUUUCUGCCUCCAUCAGUGCCACCCACCUCCCCUGAUCGGUCCUCCUCCUGGAGAGAUCGGAGCACACACAGACAGGAGAGGGCACUUGUCACACUGGCAAUGACUAUGCAGCUGCUGUGCCUAUCCCUGGUGAUCUGUCACCUGUGCACACUGGUACUCACCUAUCAGAUCACCAUCCUGCACACCAAUGAUGUCCAUGCCCGUGUAGAGCAGACCAGCAGGGACUCUGGGAAGUGUGGUGAUCCCAAGGAUUGUUAUGGAGGGGUGGCCAGGAGGCUCACCAAGAUUAAGGAGAUCCGCGGCAGCAAAGAGAAUGUCUUGUUACUGGAUGGGGGGGACCAGUUCCAGGGGACGAUCUGGUUCAAUGUGUAUGGUGGCAUGGAAGCGGCACACUUCAUGAAUUACCUGCAGUACGAUGCAAUGGCUCUAGGGAAUCAUGAAUUUGACAAUGGCCUUUCUGGACUUGUGGACCCAUUCCUCAAAAACGUUAAGUUCCCCAUCCUAAGUGCCAAUAUUAUCGCAGAUUCACAGAUUGUAUCUAAUAUUAGUGGAUAUUAUCUGCCUUACAACAUUUUGAAUGUUGGCGGUGAACAGAUUGCAAUAGUUGGAUAUACCUCUAAAGAAACUCCAGUUUUAUCUGAUCCAGGCCCACACCUGAAAUUUGAAGACGAGAUAGAAGUUUUGCAAAAAGAAGUUUCCAAAGUUUUAACUCUUGGUGUAAAUAAGGUGAUAGCUUUGGGUCACUCGGGCUUUGCGACUGAUAAACUUAUUGCUCAGAAGGUGAGGGGAGUGGAUGUAGUUGUUGGAGGACACACAAAUACAUUCCUUUACACAGGACCACCACCUUCCAAUGAUGUCCCAGUUGGAGAAUAUCCUUUUAUUGUGAAAUCCGAUGAUGGCCGCUCUGUACCAGUGGUUCAAGCAUAUGCUUUUGGAAAAUAUCUUGGCCAUUUAGACGUAACAUUUGAUGCACAAGGAAAUGUCUUGCAUUCCUCAGGAAAUCCAAUUUUGCUGAACAGCAGCAUUCCUGAAGACCCAGCGCUUUUAGCAGAGGUUAACAAAUGGAAGGAACAAUUGCUUCAAUACUCUGCUCAAGAAAUUGGAAAAACCAUUGUAUAUCUAAAUGGAUCUUCUCUGGAGUGUCGUUUUAGGGAGUGCAAUAUGGGAAACCUAAUUUGUGAUGCUAUGAUUUCCAAUAAUAUUCGAAAUCCAGAUGAAAUGAUUUGGAAUCAUGUUUCACUCUGCAUUAUAAAUGGUGGUGGAAUCAGAUCAUCAAUUGAUGAAAGAUCAAAUAAUGGUAGCAUAACAACUGAAGACUUGCUAUCAGUGUUACCUUUUGGAGGUACAUUCGAUAUGAUUGAAGUUAAAGGGUCUACCCUAAAAGAUGCGUUUGAGCACAGCGUACACCGAUAUGGCGCUAGUACUGGAGAGUUCCUGCAAGUGGGUGGAUUUAGAGUGGUGUAUAAUAUAAAUAAAGAACCUGGGCAGAGAGUCGUCAGAUUAGAAGCUAUGUGCACCAAAUGCAGAGUACCAAGAUAUGUUCCAGUGGAAAAGGACCAAGUUUAUAAAGUUGUUCUUCCAGCCUUCCUCGCGGAGGGGGGAGAUGGCUUUAGUAUGUUAAAAAAUGAAAGCCUGAGGCAUGACAGUGGGGAUCUUGAUAUAGCAGUUGUUGGAAGUUACAUUCAUAAAAUGGUACGGGUUUACCCUGCUGUGGAAGAAAGGAUCCUGUUUACCUCUCAAGACCCAAGCCGGUCAGCAGCACAUUUUACUCGUAUGAACUAUUCACUAGUUUACAUCACAGCUCUUCUGGUGUUGCUACAACGAUUAUUUUAAACAAUGGUGACUAUUCAUUAUUUUGUGCUUGAAAAACAAAACAAAAAAAAAAACUAUUUUUAGUGAUUUGACAUUGUGAAAUCAAGCCAUCAAAUGUAUUUUUAUCCACUUAAAGGCACAUAAUGAAAUUGCUGACACAGGUCGCUUGCAAGAUGUCAUUGACUCAUAAUUGUGGUGUGACGAGAAGUAAAGAUUAUGAUAACUUAUGAACCCUAUUAUCAUCAUGCAGUGCAUUGCUACAGUAUUACAAAGCUACAACAUGAACAAUUGUAUCCUAAAAAAAUAUAACCUCUAAAUAAGCAGCUGCCUGGAUAGAGACGAACACAAGGCUUGCUGGUUGGAUGUCCCAUGUUAUUCCAAGAACAUCCUAUACAGAAGACAAUGUAUUGCAGACCAGGCAGUAAUUGCACAUUUCCUUUUUGGAUUAAAGAAAAUAAAAAUAAGUAUAGCUGUAAUGAGGGGGGGAAGCAAUUUGUAGUAUGCUGAUUUUCCUUGUUUACUUUGUGUUCAUCAUUGAAUGUUGUCAUUGAAGGUUUACAGUAACACAAGACUUCAAUCUAUGGCCCUCUGGUUGUUCAGGAACUACACGUCCCACCAUCACGCCAGGUCAUGUCUGUGAAUGUCAGAGUUUUACAAUGCCUCACGGGCUGUGUGGUUCUGCAACAACUGGAGGGCCAUAGUUUGAAGAUCCCUUGUUAAAUGCCACAAUCACAUCUGUUUUUUUAGUUUGUUUUUUUAUGAAAUCUCCUGCAUUAAACUGGCGGUUAGCUCAAUAAAUUAUCACACUUGGUAAAAGGGAAGUAAGUUCUGGUGUAAAAUCCUAUUGAAUUUAAUCACAUCAAGUUUUUUUGGUGUGGAUUGUUAUUUUUGAUGAAAAUAUUAUUUUGGCUGCUUGAAUAUAUGAUUACCCAUUUAACUUUAGGUAUAUGGCCAAGCCCAGCUGACCACCUGGUAUAAGUGAACAUGUGUUCCUUGCUUGGCACUACUGUAGCUCUUUACUCUUAAUAUAUCCUUAGCCAAAACAUUUUGUAGUUUUUGAACAAAGUAGGAAUUUGUCUUUUAUUAUUAGCAAUUGUCACUGGGAUAACUAAAAAGGGGUAAAUCUCUCAAGCAGGGACGGCAAUAAAAAAAUUAAAUUUGA